AUGAGAUACAUUAUUAAAGGUGGUGUAUGGAAAAACGUUGAGGAUGAAAUUCUCAAAGCAGCUGUUAUGAAAUACGGUUUAAAUUAAUGGUCCCGUAUUUCUUCUCUACUUAUUCGUAAAUCAGCUAAAUAGUGCAAGUAGAGAUGGUAUGAAUGGCUUGAUCCUUAAAUUAAGAAAACAGAAUGGACAAGAGAAGAAGAUGAAAAAUUACUUCAUUUAGCUAAAAUAUUCCCAUGUUAAUGGCGUACUAUCGCACCUCUUGUAAAUAGAACUCCUAAUUAAUGCGUUGAAAGAUAUGAGAGAUUACUGGAUAUUGCUUAAGGUAAAGAUCCAGAUGAUCCUAACGAUCCCAGAAAAUUAAAGCCUGGUGAGAUUGAUCCAAAUCCAGAAACUAAACCUGCUAAAGUAGAUUAAAUAGAUAUGGAUGAAGAUCAAAAGGAAAUGUUAGCAGAAGCAAGAGUAAGAUUGGCCAACACCAUGGGUAAAAAACCCAAAAGAUUAGCAAGAGAAAAGUUAAUAGAAGAUGCAAGAAGAUAGGCUUAAUUAUAAAAAAGAACAGAAUUAAAAGCAGCUGGCAUAGAAAUAUUAGGGAAAAGAAGAUAAAAAGGAACUGAUUACAAUUAAGAAAUUCCUUUUGAAAGAGUCCCAUAAUAAAAAAUAUAUAAAGUAGAUAACACUGAAACACCAAAGCCAAAUCUCUCUUUCCAAAAUUUAAGUUUAAGAGAUAUUGUAGGCUAGCAAAGAGUUGAAGAAGAAGAAGCUAAGAGAAAGCAUGAAGAAAAAGCUAAAAAGAAACUUAUGGAAAAAGAUUUAAGCUAGGUAGUAGAUAAAAUGGCUAAGCAAACAAGAGAUAUUUUGAUGUAACGUACCUAGUUAGUUAUGCCAGAAGUUUAACUCAGUGAUAAAGAUUUAGAGUUAUUGGGAAAGCAAAACGCUUUUUCUUCAAAUGUUGGUACCGAUAAUGAAGUAACUAAAGGACUCAUGGGCAAUUACACAAGCAUGAUGACUCCUACACCAAUGAGAACUCCUAGAAUUAUUUAAGAUACAGUAAUGACAGAAGCAAAAAAUCUUGUAGCUUUAAAUAACACUUAAACUCCUUUAUUAGGUGGUUAAAAUGCUGAGCUAAUCGACCCUAAUAGAGCUUUUUCUACUACAGCUAACCCUACUUUUAAGGUUCCAUAAACACCUAAUUAAUUUAAAAAAAUGUUAGAAACUGCUAGUUAAAAUCAAAUAUUUGCUUAGCCUGCAAGCAAAAAAAGAUAGUAAUAAAUUCCUUAAACCCCUUUGAAGGAUGAAUUCAAUUUAAAUGACAAGAAUCGUGCUCCAUAUAUGGAGUUAGAAAAUAAUAGUAGUUGGGAGUACUCUUAAUCUUAAUUGACUGAUGACACUUAAUUUAUUCCCAGAUCAAAUCAAGAAUAUCUUAAAAUGGCUUUACAAAAUAUCCCUAAGCCAUAAUAUGAAUAUGAAAUUGAAAUACCUGAUCUGGAAGAUGAAGAAGACCAAGAAAGAAUGAAAUAAAUAGAUGCUCGUGAAGAGGAGAUAUUAAAGCAAAAGUAAUAGCAAUAAGAAAGAGAAAAGUAAUAAAGAAUGAAAUCUCUUGCUAUCAAAAAGAAACUUCCAAGACCCUUUUAAAUCCCAAAUUAAUUAUAUGAUCAUAUCUACAACCGUUAAGAUCUUAACGAUUACAGAAAAGAAGCUGAGUAAAUGUUGGAAUCUGAAACUAUCUAAUUGCUCACAUUUGAUAUGUAAAAUUUCCCAUUUGCAGGAUGCAAACCUGUGAAUACUAGAAUUAGCUUAGAAAAUUUUGAAGAAAAUGAAAUUUUGAAAGCAAGCUAAUUAGUUAAUAGCGAAAUAGAUUAAAUUAAAAAAGAAUUAAAGGUAGAAAGUGUUGACUCAGAAUUCAUUACAUCAAAAUAUAAAGAUUCUGAAAUUUCAAUUUAAUACAAUCGCUAAUAGAAUUAAUUAGUGAAUGUAAAGCAGAAUAAGGAAGCUUUUAAAGAAAUAUUGAAGUAGCAAGCAGAAAGAAAUAAAUUAAUUAUGUAAAGAGAUUAAAAGAAAUUAGAUUAAUUUUUGUUACAUAAAGCCAGAACUAAUUUAACAGGAUAUGUGAAUAUUAUUUAGAAAAAUGCUAAGGAAAUAGAUGAGCUUAUUUCAACUUAAUUAAAUUUAAAAAUUGAACUUGAUGUCUUUAAAAAGUUGUAAGAACAAGAAAAAUAAAGUUCUAUCUAUAGAAUAGAGGAGUAAAAGAAUUACUAUGACUAACUUGUUUCAAAAGAAAAGGAGCUCUAAGAAAAAUAUGAUAGAUUUGAAUUGUUAAGAUAUCAAAUUAUCAAUGAAUAAAAAAAUGAAACUAUAGAUGAUGAAGAAGAGGAUAACAAAAAAUAAAAUUCAGAUGAAGAUGAUAUCUAUUUAUCUAAUAACCGUUCUUACAAUUAUUAUAAUUAAAAUGUAAUAAUUGAAGAAAUCAAUUUAUUUUAAUGA